GUUCAGCCAGCUUGCUGAUUGAGUUAUUUGAAUGGCAUCGAAAGCUGACAAACCGUCGACUCCUCUGUUGGAGUCGGGUCAACAGACAAACUACAAUACAAACAACCCGACGAGAUCCAGACUAGACAAUGUGUCUUUUCCCAUCUCUCAGCCUGUCUGGACAGUCUUCUGGUUACUCGUGGUUCAAAUGCUAGAAAGAAUUGCUUUCUAUGGGAUCACAUUCAACAUCACGACGUACGUGGGAGCCUAUUUGGACGCUAGAAUGUCAGGUAGCGUUUCAUUGUUUGUGAUCACUACUUUUGCUGUGGGAACGAUGAGCACCAUAACACCAGUUUACGGCUUUCUGAGUGAUGCAAAGUUUGGUCAGUACAAUACUCUUGUUACCUGCUUUGUAUCAUAUUGUAUUGGAGCUGGUCUCAUUUGUGCAUCUGCAUAUACAAUGCACUUGACAGACAAACCAGAGACUCUGCCAGAAGCUCUGUAUUUCACAGGUUUGGUCUUUGUUCUUCUCUUCAGUGCUUCAGGAAUCAGAGCCACACUCAUCCCAUUCAUGUUGGAACAACUAACAGAUGACAACCAAAAAAGCAAAUAUCUCACACAAUUUGUGAGUUGGUCAUAUUUUUUCAUUAACCUUGGAGCUGCAAUAGCUUUUAUCUUGGGAGGUCAUCUCCAAUCGUUAUCUGCAACGUUUACAAACUUUAAGUCUACAGAUGAGAGCAAAUUCCCCGGAUUCUUUUGGCGAUAUCUACUUGCCGUGUGCUUGCUGUGUGUGUCUCUUAUAAUCUUAAUAGUUUUACGAAAGACAUUCAGAAGACAACGAGCACCUGGUUUUUACAUACCAAACAUAAAGGCCAUUUUCCGAACAGCGUUCUGUAAAGAAAAUUUGCCUCCCCACUAUUGGAAAGGAACUUUGAGAUUAUAUGAACGAGAAUCAACUAAUGAAACAAAGAGAGUAGAAAAAGAAAGACAAGAACAUAUCCAAAGACUUGCACCUAUUCUGCCUUUCAUGUGUGCUCUCUUGUUGUAUUUUACAAUCCGAGCACAAGUAGAAGGUGCCUUUGUGACACAAAGUCAACAAAUGGAUUAUGGAAAGUUACAAAAUAUUUCCAUUCCUCCUGCUGACUUGACUGCAGCAUUUGAUCCACUAGCCGCCAUCGUGUUUGUACCCAUUAUGUUGUUUUGUGUGAAGCCACUGUAUGAACGAAUAGCACAACGUACUCUCUAUAAUGUUGUCAUACCUCGACUCCGUUUGGGCAUGUUAUUGGCAUUCUUAUCUUGUGUACUAGCAACAGUUGUUGAAUCUUAUAUUGACAGUCGAGGUGGUAUGCCAAGUCCGAGAACAUAUUAUAUGAAUAAAAUCAGGAUUAGUGAAUGCUACUGGAACAUUCCCAUCUACAGCCAAGUACCACAGUAUGUCCUAAUGGGAAUGUCAGAAGUGUUGACUGUAGUCGGUAUCAUGGAGUUUGUGUUAACUUCAUCUCCACGUCAGUUUCGUUCCACUACAUUUGGACUCGUCUACUGUCUCUUUGGUUUGGGUGAAUAUAUAGGUGUGGCUCUACUACGAUUUCUUGAAGCUGUUGAUCCUACUUUGGCUUUUCCACCACAACUAGAUCGAAACAAAACGAUUGAAUGUGACAUUGUCGAGGAGACAAACCGAAACCCUUACAUGUAUUUUCUGAUCCUCACCAUUCUCAUUGCUGCCAAUCUCAUCAUCUUUAUGAUAUUUGAAACUCGAUUCCGUAAAUAUGUAAGGAUUGCUCCUUAUGAACACCUAAACUAGACAAAAGAGUCACUAAUUCAUGUCUGUUUUAACAGUUUUGUAUUAGUAGCUAGUGAGUAUAGUAGAUUCAGUGUACGUCAUGGUCUAGUGUGUCAUAUUGCAUUGCAAUGUAUUGUAUCAUACAGUACUAUUUACAAUAAAUUACU